ACGUGGACGUAGUAUGUUUAGUGACGUGGACUGUGGAAUUAUACGAUGUCGGAUAAGCUUCUUCCUCAAAAACUAUUUUUUAGGGUUCUAAUUUGAGACUCAAUAAUCAAAGAUCGCUCUUUUCUUGGGGAAGCUCUGAUUUUUAAAGGGUUUGAGAUUAUUGGGAAGGCAAUGGAGGCAGAGGUGAUAAAAGCAGAGUUGGUAUUGCCGACGCAUAUGACUUUCAAGAGGAUACAAAUUUAUGAGAAGUACCCAAAGGGCCAAUCGAAAGUCAGAUGGAAACAGCUCAAGCAAAUCCUUCAAGCUGAAAAUUACCAAAACUACCCUCCUGAUGAACCCAAUUAUGUUAAUAUUGAGUCACCACCUUCAAUGCAUCCGUGCAAAAGAAUUUGUGAUAUAACAGGAUUUGAGCUAGUUGCAACUCAAAUAGAUCAUUUCAAUUUCUGGAAUACAAUGAAGAGCAAUAUACUCAUCAUCGAUGCGCAGGCACCUUACCAUGAUCCAAGGACCAAUCUUCGCUAUGCAAAUGCUGAUGUUUUCAAGCUUGUGAGAUCUCUUCCCAAUGAGUAUGUGCAAAGGUAUCUGGCUCUGAGGAAAGCAGCAGUGGUUUUGAGGUGACGUUUGGGUAUUCAAGAGAUGUGGAAGGCCGGCUUUGGUCAUGAAUCAAAUAUUUACUUGACAAUUAGAUCCGUCUUGACUUAAAUGAGUCAUCCUAGAGGUAUCAUGAUGUAAACUACUAUUUAUUUGAUUGAUGGAUGGAAGGAAUACAGGACCGAACGUUGUGUUCCAUUCCAUCCCUAGAAACCUCUACAAAACUGAAGUUCUUUCCUUGAAUAGUUUCAGUUAAUUGUAGCAUGAGAUAAACUGGAGUCUCCUAAUGCAGUAAUUUUUCUAUGCCCUUGAGAAAUGAGAGUAUCUGAUUCAAUGCCCCCCAAAGCAGGAUCAUUUCUAUAUAGGAUUCAAUAUACUGGGUUUUUCAUAUGUUCAUCCAUAAGAAUUUGCACCAAGUUCUGUGCGGAGCAAUUGUUUGUACUUAGAAAUAAAAAGUUAAUAACAAUUGAUCUACUUAUUUAUGACUACUAAUCCAGCAUCUAUUUUUUGUCGCUAUGUUUGGUGGGAAAGAAGUAAAAUGGAAGGAAGGAAAAAAGAGUGAGGAAAUAUAGAAGAAAGGUUUGGUAAAAAGGAUGGAAAAUGGAGGAAAGGGGAAAAGGUGAGAAAAAAAAAAGAGAAAAGAAAAUUUAUUUUUUCUUCUUUAAAUGAAAAAAAAAAAGGAAGAAAAAAAGCCGUUAAUUGUGUCCAUUGUAAGUAACCAAACUACAAUAAUUUAAUUUAAUUUUAUAUAUCUCAAUGAAGAUUUAAAAAAGAGAGAGAAAGAGACAAAGAAACAUAAACACAUUGUCAAGAUGCAAAAGCAAGUUGUAGAUAGUGGAACAACCAAAACGGCAGAUAAAGCUCAUGGGUGGUGCAUGUUUUGUUGAACGGCUAGUUGAGAUAGAAAUUCCAGCUUAUGUUUGAAGGAAUUUAACUGAAAUUAACAUGUUAAAAAAAAAUUUAGCCUUCCAAAGGAGACCAACUCCAAUCUGUUAAAACUUGAUUGCUUUUCAACCUAUAAAGAUCAAAAUCCUUGAAUAAACUGGUGAGAACAGAAAAAAUUUACUUUACAACUAAUUAUGU